CUGGAUCUCAAAAUGGCGACUACUAACAGUGAGAUGCCGGAUUAUGACAAAAAGGGAGAUUCUGAAGAUGUUAAAGUGAAAAUAAUUUGCCUUGGUGACAGCGCAGUUGGAAAGUCUAAGUUGGUUGAGCGUUUCCUGAUGGAUGGAUACAAACCACAGCAGCUGUCAACAUAUGCUUUAACUUUGUUCAACCAUAAAACUGAGCUGAACGGAAAAACAGUUUCUGUCGAUUUCUGGGACACAGCAGGACAAGAGAGGUUCAACAACAUGCAUCCCUCGUACUACCACCAGGCCCAUGCUUGUGUUAUGGUGUUUGACACCACGAGGAAAGUGACGUACAAGAAUCUCCCCAACUGGUUGAAGGAGCUGAGGGAAUACAGGCCUGAAAUACCCUGCCUGUGUGUCGGCAACAAGAUUGAUGUUGACAACAGUGUCACGCAGAAAGGUUUCAACUUUGCCAAGAAACACAACAUGCCCUUCUACUUUGUGUCGGCGUCUGAUGGAACCAAUGUCGUCAAGUUGUUCAAGGAUGCGGUACGUGCUGCUGUGGACUAUAAAAAUAACUCAACAGAUUUCAUGGAUGAAGUGAUGCGAGAACUAGAGUACUUCGAACUGGAGAGUGGCAAGAGUAAAGAGGACAAGGAUGACAAGUCGGACAGCGGACUAGACACAGACAAGGAGGACAGCAAGAAGGCGUCUUGAGAUUGGCUGGACUUAGAACACAAUGAAUAUUUUAUGCAUCAUAUAUUCUCAGGCAAACUGCUUCACACACCACGAACACUGGCAGGGACAUAGAGGGAGAGGGGAUGUGACUGCUGCUUGCUGGGCUACCACCCACCUUUCAUUACUUCUGGAAGCUUGGCUAGGGGCACAGUAAUUACACCUUCAGUAACAGAUAUAAGGUAGCAGUAAAUAGCUACACAUCACCCAAAUAGGUCACCUCAUGAGGGUUUUUAAAAGAUGAAGGCAAGUGUCCAGAGUAAAUCUGUGCUGGGAUGAGUUUGUUCUGGUAGGAAUCAUGGUGAUGUUCAGGUUUAUUACAUUAUGUUGUCGGGGAUAAUUGAGGAAUGAUCAAUGGUGGCUGCGAAGAAUGGGUCAAACUGAACAAUGUGACAAGCACUUUGAUAACUUGUAGGCUGUUAAUGCCACUAACUCCUGAUGUUUCCCAGAGAUGAAAAUGAAUGCCAUAUUUGAAUUGUUCCUCAUGGUAUGCCUCCAGAUAUAAAUGUGUUCAAGUUUUAGUAUGUUUGGCACAUUGACCAUGGCCCAGCGUGAUUAAUCAGAACGGUAGUAGUGAAGAUAUGACCUCACAGUAUAUUGGGCAUUGUAUGAUUUGAAUGUUGGGUAUUUGUGAUCAAGGUAAAUGCUGUGAUAGGAAUAUGUUGGUCUGUUUUGUCCAUGAAGUUGUGUAUUAUUUUGUAAAGUACCUACCAGGUAAGAAACAUGAACCGUUGAAGCUCAUCACACCCAGAAUAUCUCUAUAGUCUUUGGAUUUUGUCUGCACAAAGACUGUUCCACAUUGAGGCUACCAUAAGUGCAUCUGAUCAUUUCAGUGAUAAUCCCAGUUUAAUCUUUUUCUUUCUAGUCAGUUCAGAUGCAGUGUAUGCCUUUCAAACACCAGUCAUACUGUACAGUGUAUUUACAUCAAACACUAGCCAUACUGUACAGAGUAUGUACAUCAAACACCAGCCAUACUGUACAGAGUAUGUACAUCAAACACCAGCCAUACUGUACGGUGUAUGUACAUCAAACACUAGCCCUACUAUACAAUGUAUGUACAUCAAACACUAGCCAUACUGUACAGUAUAUCUACAUCAAACACCAGCCAUACUGUACAAUGUAUGUACAUCAGACACUAGCCAUACUGUACAGUGUAUGCACAUCAAACACUAGCCAUACUGUACAGUGUAUGUAGUACUAUGUACAUCAAACACUAGCCCUACUAUACAAUGUAUGUACAUCAAACACAAGCCAUACUGUACAGUAUAUCUACAUCAAACACCAGCCAUACUGUACAAUGUAUGUACAUCAGACACUAGCCAUACUGUACGGUGUAUGUACAUCAGACACUAGCCAUACUGUACAGUGUAUGUACAUCAAACACUAGCCAUACUGUACAGUAUAUCUACAUCAAACACCAGCCAUACUGUACAAUGUAUGUACAUCAGACACUAGCCAUACUGUACAGUGUAUGUACAUCAAACACUAGCCAUACUGUACAGUAUAUCUACAUCAAACACCAGCCCUACUGUACAUUGUAUGCACAUCAAACACUAGCCAUACUGUACAGUGUAUGUACAUCAAACACUAGCCAUACUGUACAGUAUAUCUACAUCAAACACCAGCCAUACUGUACAAUGUAUGUACAUCAGACACUAGCCAUACUGUACGGUGUAUGUACAUCAGACACUAGCCAUACUGUACGGUGUAUGCACUUCAAACUCUAGCCAUAUAUAUGCUAACAGCGACACAUGCCAUGGCCAGACAUCUAAUGUCUGCUAUGUGAUCUUUCAGCCGUGAAUGUGAUGUGUGACUAUUUGUAAAUGUUCCUCAUGAAUCUUCAGGGUCCAGUGAAACACUUUUUCCGUCCAUGUAUGUUCAGAAGUUUUUGUAGCAUAUUUGUCGUGAAUGUUAAACAUGUAAGCAAGAUGUUUGUCCACUGAUGAAUGUUUGUCCACUACUAUUAUAGUGAACUGCACGAUUUAACUUGCUCAACUUGCCACCGCACACAGCACUGUUUUUGUCCUAGUUUUACUGCAGCUGUCAUGAGUUUCCUUUCAAAGGGAUCUCUUACAGGAUAGCCCUAAGUAUAUUUAGGAAAUAAACAUUUUGUGUUUUCAAAGUACAGCUAGGUUACCUGUAGAUUGUACCCCCUAAAUUGAAUCUCAAAUUUCUCAUUCCAAAUGUUAAUUCAGCGCAGUAUGUUUAUAUCCAUUCUACAACGACUAAAUGAAACGCUAACUCUUUGGUGUUAGCAAAUAUUUUGAGUUAGGCAGCAUGGGUUGAGUCCAGUGUUUUGAGUAAGUGACAACAGCCUUUAAACAAAAUAUGGCGCUCCAAAUGCUCAAGCAGUUUGUUAACGCUGUAAUACUUCACUCGAACUUAUGGCAGGUACUGAGAGCUUGUAGCACGGCAAUUUGGUAAGCAGCAUGAGGUGGGCACUGCUAAAGAAAACCAAGCAAGCCUUGCAAAGGUUUCGUUCUACGCCGCACAUCACUAUUAUGACGUCAUAUUGCUCAUUGUGAAGCAAAAGAUAUGGUAUAUGGAAAAUAGCCAAAUAGCAAACUCUGUUGUCCUCAAAACUUGAAAUACAUUUUCUUUGUAGAUUUCUAUCUUGUUUUCUGCACAAUAUGUAUUGCCACACAUCCUUUUAAUAUUGUAGUAACCUCUACUUUGCAUUUUGUAGCCUAUAAUGGUACAUAAAAGUAUUUAAAUAUGUCUACUGACAGUGACUGUAAAGACAGUCCUAUUCUAAAAGUAUUAGCUUCCGAGGUGAUGUGGCCAUCAAAUCAGCUGUUUAUUGUGAUUUGACCAAUCAGAAUCAAGUGUAAAUUCAUGGUACACUGAUGAUAUAGCCCCACAGAGAUUCAAGGUUAGAAUUGGUUCCCAAUAGUCCAUGUUUGCCAUAAGAUUCAACUAAAAUAGUUGAUAAAGCUUGGUGACUUGAAUGAUUGCAUGCGGUCAUACCCAGACAUUGCCCAAAAUGUCAACCACUAGGUUGUGUGGGCAAGACUGGAUUAUUUAUAUACGUAUAGCUGUAAUAUUGCUGAGAACAGUGUUAAAGUGCAAACAAUUAUAAUGAUUAGGUUGUUUGGUACUUUCAGCAUAUAUUUAGUUUUUUCUGUAAUAUGAAUAAAUAAUGAAGGUUUGUUAAUUGUCAGUUUAUCCUUGAAUAUCCUGGGAAGUCUGGUCGUGCAGUGGCCAGAUAUUUAUGUUGUAUUUAUCACCUAUGAUGUGUUGAUAAAAAGUAUUAUACUUUUUGUAAACAAUUGCAGAUAUUCCCGGUAUGUCAGAAAUGAAGCUGUUCAUGUUUGAUUAAUGUGAUUACCUUUGGUGAUGACUUGUAUCUGUAAUUUAGUGCCAAUAAUAUUACGCGAUAUUCACUUAAACUGAAAAUUUAAGUUUGUACUGAGAGAUAGAACCUUCAUUUUGUAUUUUAAUGAUAAUAUUCCAAUGUCAUAGUCACUAUUUUUAUAUGUCUUGCUUAUCUUCUUUCAUUUUUCUCUCUUCUCAUUAACAACGCUCACAGGAAAUAUAUCAUUGUACUUCGAUUUAGUUAUUAUGACUAAGAUCUGCAAGGUCACUGAGGAAGUAUUUUCAGAUACAGUAUUCAUACACCAUGGUUGCAGUGGGUCCGCUUCUCAAAGUCAAACCUGGUGACGGCAUGAUGGCGGUGCUAGAGUUUUGUCUUGGUCUUAGUAGCUUUAUACAUCCCUUGCUUCCAUCCGUGUACCAGUCAAACUCACAAUACCACACAGAUGCUUGUCUGACCACAUAUAGAACAGGUGUAUUGAGGUAAUGGUAGCACGUACCCGCUACUCCUCUGAGUUUGUUUUAGGAAUCUAAUUUCAGAAAACCACAAUAGGUGUGCUUCAUUUUGGAAUAUUGGCUAAGAUAAUCUUAAGAAGGAAUGUCAACUGGUCUGUUGUGAUAAAAAAUUUGAGAGGAUGAUAAUCAGUUAAUUGAAAUCAAGGUUUGUUUUUGUCAACUGAGUGUAUGAUCUGAAUGUUUAAUGGAUGAAUUGCUGCUAUGACACACAUAUAUAUAACAUAUAUGUGCUGGAUGUGUAUGGAGUUUAUGUAAAUAAUUAAUGGAUGUGACGUUGUCCCUGAUUAUUAUUCCUCUUUGCUGAUCAACAUGGCAAAGUUUGGAUACCGUAUUUGACAUAAUAAGCGCCCAGGGCGCUCUCAAAAUUAGAAAUAGGGGGCUCUUUUUAGUAUAUUAUUUUGGUGAAAAACAACAGUUGAAAGAUCGUAGAUUUCGCUAACAGCUUGAAAUGUCUACAUACGACAGAUAUAUUUUUCCAGAAUUUAAUUUUCCAUAAUAAAGAAUGUAUAUAACACAUGUAUUAUACACGAAUAAAUAAGUCUGGUGGACAUUGAUCAAUCAGAAGGGGUGCUAACUGGGAUUGUCCACUAGCCAAUAUAUGGGCAAGUAUUGCCGUGGGCGCUUAUUACGCCGAAUACGGUAAUAGGAUCAGGUUGUUUGUGCCAACAGUAGUCUGCUGUAUGCUAAGCUUAGGAAGUAGUAGUAGUGGUAGUAUCUGUCAUAGUUCUACCAGUAAUGAUUGUUUGGUCAUAUGGUUUUGCCAUUUUUAUUACAAAAACAGGAUUUGCAUGUACAUUGUUUAGUUAGGUCAUAUCAGUAUUGAUCUUUUUUGACUCAUCAUUAAGUUUGAACUGUUGCACGAAGUUUAUUAUAUUCUAUUUAGGAUGACAUUUUCUCUUAAGAUACAUUCAGUAAAAAGGAAUGUCUCACAUGACAAUAUUUAAUUUACUUAAUGCCAUGUUCCGAUAAGCUUAUAUUCUGUUGUCAGUUUGAUGUGGCUUUAGCAUGUCUCAUGAUAUCUCAUUUGUGCUGAGCAGCAGGACUAAUUGGUUCCUAAUAACAAGGGGCAGUCGGGUAGCCUAGUGGUUAAAGCGUUUGCUCGUCACGCCGAAGACCCGGGUUCGAUCCCCGACAUGGGUACAAUGUGUGAAGCCCAUUUCUGGUGUCCCCCGCCGUGAUAUUGCUGGAAUAUUGCUAAAAGCGGCGUAAUACCAAACAAACACACUCACACUCCUAACAACAAAACUUAAAGUGGUAUUUUGAAAUUGAUCAAAUAAACACACAUUUGACAUUUUGGAACAAUCAUGACAAUGAGCUGCUAAUGGGAACGUUUGUAUGUCCUCUUUAGUCAAAACAAGUGACACCCCAAUCGAGGGAACAUUGCUUUGAACAGUAGUGUAACUAUGCCUAUUUCUCCAUGUUACCAUAGUGCUGUGACUUUUGUAAUUAUCAUUUUUACACAAACUUUGAAUAGUCCUAGGACUUCAGGAAGGACCCUAGGGGCGGUCGGGUAGCCUUGUGGUUAAAGCAUUCACUCGUCACGCCGAAGACCCAGGUUCGAUUCCCGACAUGGGAACAAUGUGUGAAGGCCAUUUCUGAUGUCCCCCGCCGUGAUAUUGCUGGAAUAUUGCUAAAAGCGGCUUAAAAAACCAUACUCACUCACUCAGGUAGGAAGGACCCCUAUAGUGGCUCAGAAAGUGUCUAACAUUAAAUGUUUAGCAUAAACUAAUCAAACAGGAAUUCAGGGUUAUUAUUUUGCAGAAAAAGACUGCCAUUUCUCCAUUAUCCUAACUCUAAUAACAUGUGAAAUUGUUGUUUCUGUAUUAGCAGGUUCUAAUAUGCUUUGACAAACAUGUCAGUAGUUUAGUGUUAGUGUGUGAUCUUCUAUAGCACAUAAGCAACGCCAUUGCCUGCAUGUUGUGACAUGACUAAGUUAAUGAAAUGUCAGAUCUAGCAUGACUUGAAGUGUGUAGACUGGACAACCGAUGGACAUAGUGUCCAGAUAUAGGCCAAGACCCUCGAUGUGAGCAGCCCCACGACUAUCAUAACACCUAUGCUUUAAUAUAGACCUGUGGUAGUUGUAUCCAUGCAACUGUUGAAACUUGUAUAUUUUAAUAUGAACUCCUUUUCUUAAUAUUGAUUGUGAUAGUCAUGUGGCUGAUUUGGGUUGUGGAACAGGGCCCACAUGUUUUCACUAGAUUGUAGCAGUGACUGUAAGAUAAAGCUUUAUUUAUUUACAUUUUCACCUGUUGACUGUACCAAGUACAUGUACAUUAUUGAAGUUAUUAACAAUAAAUUGAAUUGACAUAU